UGUAGGUCUCUGUGGUUCUCGCCUGUUAUCAGCAUUCUCAGACCAGGACGACGCUGGGGGACGACCGUGUCGACACCACAGCACGCGCAACCUCGAUCGACCAACGCGACGCUAUGAAAGGCAUUCUUGCCUUGCUGUUAUCAAUACUCAUGUUCCUGGUCACAAAGAGCAAUGCAGUCCGUGGCGAUCAACGGCCAAACACCGUGAUAGGGGUCUUCAAGCCAACCAUAUCCUGUCACUGCGAGCUGGUCAAUCGAACCGUCAACGUUAUGCCUGAACAGUGCUUCGAUUACUGCAUCUGGCGCUGGGCUUGGUACUGGUUCUGAUGACGAAUACUCAAAAGCGAAGAUGCACCAGAUACGACGUUCGAUGCAGGACAAUAGGACUUGUACAGAGACCAGGAUGGAGAGCACGAAGCAAUU